GCCCUGCUGUGAGCCCGUCAGUAUCAGGAUCGGUACUGGAGGUGUGCUUUCAACCGCGGAAAUGUUCAAGAUUGAACAACUUAAAACGCUGGUCAAUGAGCGACUGCAAGCCGCUGCUGAGGAAAUCUUCAGCCUCUUUGAAAAAACUAUUAAAGACUAUGAGGAGGAAGUUUUCCGCUCAAAGCAGCAGACGGAGCAGCACGGACCGCUGGUUGGGAGGAGAGCCCCCUUGCAGCUCUCUGUCCAGGAGGAGGACGCUCCCUCUGAGCAGCAGCCCUGUGUGAACAAGUCUGACCUGUGUGAUGAUGACCAGGAGCCCCCACACAUCAAAGAAGAACAGGAGGAACUGUGGACCACUCAGGCAUGUGAAAUGCUGAAAGAGGCUGAUACCAAAGACUCAAUGUUCAAUAUUAUUUAUGUUCAGAGAAGUGACAAAGAUGGAAGACUGUCCCCAUGUGAAAGCCGCAGCGUUGAAAAUAAAGAGGGAGGCGAUUUACCCAACGGCUCAUCCGAACAUCUCAAAGCAGAACCUGAUAAAGAACCAAUCGGUGACUGCCAGAUGAGUGAAGAUGUUGAUAGCGAUGAUGAAUGUGGGGACAGUGGAGGACAUCGCUCAGGAGUAAACAGCCUUAAACCAGAGGGAGCAGGUGAGACGGUAGACAGACCGUACACCUGCAACGUCUGCAGCAAGAAUUUCAGGAUUAAAUCCAUUCUGACUCGCCACAUGAAGACACACACAGGAGAGAAACCCUACAGCUGCAGCGUUUGUGGUAAAAGUUUCAUUCAGCGCUCCUAUCUGCAAACGCACAUGAACUCCCAUUCUGGACAGAAACCGUACAUUUGCAGUUUCUGCGGCCGAGGAUUCACGCAGGCUGGAAACAUGAAUGCCCACAUGCGAAUCCACACGGGAGAGAAACCUCACAGCUGUGCCGACUGUGGAAAAAGUUUUAGAGAGAAAGCAGAUCUUAUCAAGCACACCAUAAUUCAUACUGGUGAGAAACCGUACAGUUGCCACGUUUGCAGUAUGAAAUUCAGCACUCAGUCUAAUCUGACACGCCAUGUGAAGACUCAUUCAGGGGAGAGGCCGUACAGCUGCACUCUUUGUGGGAAAAGAUUCAUUCGGCGCUCACAUUUAAUCAUUCAUAUGAAGACUCACACAGGGGAGAAUCUCUAAACUGGACAUCAGCAUCACAUAAAUGCACGUAUUAGUUUGUAAGAGUUAACAAGGACUCAUGUUAAAGGAGUCGAUGUGUAACGUAAAACCACUUUUAGU